UUGACGUUCUUCUUUACAAAUUAUUUUUUCCAACUGCAGCAAAUUGAAAAUUUUUGGUCACCGAAAACGAAAUUUUAUUUUAAUAAUACAAAAACAAAAACAAUAGUCCAAAGAUAUUAUUAAAAGUGUCUAGAAAAACCCAUUGCACAAAAUGUGCUUCAACUACGAUUAGUAAAACGCAAUCAAAUUGAAAAUAAAUCAAAGCAAAUCAAAAUCUAAAUCAAAAAAUAUGGAAGGAGAGAAGAUUUUAAUGGCUGCAGGUGUCACAGUGGCUGCCGUAGUUGGAGCUUUUGUUUUUUGGGGACCAUCGGGUAACCCAAGUUCAUCAAGACUUCGCCAGCGAAGAGGGCAAAUUGCAGGCUUGCACAACUUCGGACGAACUUGCUUUCUGAAUACUCUGCUGCAAGCAUUGGCAGCCUGCCCACAAUUCAUAGCAUGGCUACAGUUGUAUAAUGGAGUCUCUAUGGACAAGAAGAAUCUCAUUACAUCACUGUUGAACACACUUGAGAUCGUCAAUGGCACCCACCCCACUCUGAGAGGAGAUCCCUAUUCACCUGGGGCUGUGAUUCGUGCUUUGAACAAUCUCCGUUGGGUUAUACCGCAGGGCGAACAGGAUGCCCACGAACUAUUGCACGUAAUGCUAGCUUCUUUAGAAGAAGAAUCCACAAGACCGAAGAAAGUCGGUUGCUUGUCAGAUGCUCUAUUGCCUGAGGACGGGAGCAAACAGGAAUUGAUGCCGCCUCAGAGGCCGUCAAGUGCUCUCCUUUCGGAUUUUUUGAAUGCGGAAUAUGAUGAGUCGACAAAUUUGAUGCGGCAAGUUCGAUCUGAGGCCCAUACACCGGACUCCCCUGCUUCUAUUUGCGACGAAGAGGGCGAGGACCGAGUGAAUGGGUCAAGAUCCCUAAUGAUGGACAUGAACGAAGAUCCAACAAUGUCGCCGAAUCUAAGCAUAGCUAGUCAGCGGCAGAGUCGAUGUCGCUCGGUACAAACACAAAUGGGUGAUGGUGCGUUGAACCGAAAAGUUUCUUCGUCUUGCAGAUCUUUGGAACGAUUGUCCCGAGGUCCGGGAAGAGUAUCUAUAUGGAGCGACCAGGCACCAUUACAAGUACCACACCCAUUCCAAGGAGCAUUGGGAAGUCAAAUUGUAUGCAAUGGAUGUGGAUUUAAGUCAACUGUUCGAUAUGAUAAAUUUGACAGCAUAACUCUUCAUCUACCCGAUCAAAGGCGAUCCGGUCUAAGUUUGGGUCAUUUGCUAAGUGAAUUUAUAGCCUCAGAAAAUCUAACAGGAGUCAAAUGUGAUUCCUGCAGUGAAACGACAAAUCACACAAAAUCACUCACCUUUGCCAAACUACCAGCUUGUCUGUGCAUUCAUAUUUCACGCACAGUUUGGCUACCAACUGGGCAGGUGUGUAAACGACAAGACUAUGUGCAUUUUCCAGAGAGUCUAUCCAUGGCACCGUACAGUUUUGUACAACCCCAUUUGAAUAGUCAGGCCAACACUCCAUGGGGAUCAACAAUGUCUCUGUUCUCAACGAGUGUUCCAACUAACAGCAAUAUGGAUACAUUCGGCAGCUUCAAUACGUUUGGAUCGAUGUUCCCGCGGAAUUUGUACCGAUUGCUGGCGGUUGUUGUACAUUCUGGUGAAGCAAAUAGUGGACAUUUUGUCACUUAUCGCAGAGGGGCUUUGCGAAGUUCUCACAGAUGGUUCUAUACAUCUGAUACGGUGGUUCGAGAAGUCUCAAUCGAUGAAGUUCUAAGUGUGCCAGCCUAUUUGCUAUUUUAUGAUCGUGGACCACAAAAGAUGCCAGGUUCGAUUAAUAUGCGCUGAAUACUGAACAAAAAAAGAACAACAAACAACAAUAAAAUUGCUUCAAAGUAGAUAUAACUACAUUUUCAACGCCCCACCAAACUGCGUGCGUCUUUGGCGUCGUCUUCAGCAGCGGAUUCAAUCAAACAAACUACAACAACAAGCUGAUUUUGUACUUUUUUUUAUUUAUUAAAUAAGACACUAAAUAAACCCAAAAAAGAUAACAUUA